GCACUCCUCGUUUCUCCAACUCGCGCGCCGCGGAACCUCCUCCCCCGCCUUUUCCGCUUCGCCAGCGACCUCGCUCAACUCGCGCACACGAUGCCCGUGACCUUCCACGUUCACGGCGCGCCCGUCGGCUUGACGGCCAUCGUCCUAGCCGUCUUCUCGUCCAUCGGCGGAUUCCUCUUCGGUUAUGACACGGGUCAAAUCGCCGACUUCCUCGAGAUGGACGACUUCAAGUUGCGCUUCGCCCAGUGCACCGAGGCCGGCAAUCCCGCGUCGUGCGAGUUCAGCACCGUGCGCUCGGGCUUGAUCGUCGCCAUGCUGUCGAUCGGAACGCUGUUCGGCUCGCUCAUCGGCGCAACGCUCGCCGACCGUCUCGGCCGCAAAAAGGCCAUCGUCGUCGACAACAUGGUCCUCUGCAUCGGCAUCGUGAUCCAGUGCUCGUCCUUCACGGCCUGGUACCAGUUCAUGAUCGGUCGCAUCGUCACCGGCCUGGGCGUCGGCGCUCUCUCGGCUGUCGUUCCUCUUUACCAGUCCGAGACGGCCCCCAAGGAGAUUCGCGGCACCCUCGUCGCGACCUACCAGCUCGCCAUUACUGCCGGUAUCCUCGUCGCCUACUGCAUCUCGAUCGGAACUCGCUACCUCGACCAAGGCGGCGCCUCAUGGCGCAUCGUCUGCGGCUUGACGGCACUGUGGUCCCUGAUCCUCAUGAUCGGAAUCCUCUUCGCGCCCGAGUCGCCGCGCUGGCUCUUUGGCGAAGGCCGGCCCGAGGAGGCCGAGCGCGCCCUUUGCCGCAUCCGAGGCGUUCGCCCCGAGGACAACGACUAUACCGUCCGCCAGACCUGCGACGAGAUGCAGGCGGCCGUCGACCGCGAGUCGAGGAUGGACAAGUUCCGGUGGAUCGACUGCUUCAAGCCCAAGGACAAGCUUCUUUACCGCACGGUCCUCCUCAUGGUCCUCCAGGCCGGCCAGCAGCUUACCGGCGCCAACUACUUCUUCUACUACGGCACGACGGUCUUCCAAUCGGUCGGCAACGUCGACCCGUUCGUCGCCCAAAUCAUCCUCGGCGCCGUCAACUUUGGCUGCACGUUCAUUGGGCUUUACGUCAUGGAGCGGUUUGGUCGCCGCAUCCCCCUCAUCGUUGGUGGCCUGUGGCAGGGCGCAUGGCUCAUCGUCUACGCGUCGGCGGGUACUGCCAAGAACCCUGAAGGGAACGAGAGCAUCGGUACUCUUCUCAUCGUCUCGUCGUGCCUCUUCAUCCUCGGCUACGCCUCGACUUGGGCGCCCGGUAUCUGGACCCUCGUUGGCGAGACGCCUCGCAACGAUGCACGUGCCAAGACCGGCGCACUCGCGACCGCCUCGAACUGGAUCUGGAACUUCCUUAUCGGCUUCUUCACGCCCUUCAUCACUCGCGACAUUAACUACUCUUAUGGCUAUGUCUUUGCUGGCUGCAACAUCGCCGGCGCCAUCAUCGUCUACUUCUUCCUGUACGAGUCGUCGGGCCUGUCGCUCGAGAACGUCGACAUCAUGUACAACGACCCGAGCGUCAAGCCGUGGACGUCGCGCAGCUGGGUCCCUCCCGGCGCCGACUCGCGUCACGACUACCAGGACGGUCUCAAGGCCGAGCGCAAGACUGUGGCCGAGAAGCCGGCACACCGCGAGCUUGCCGACGAGACCGACGCGCGCUCAAGCGCCGAUGGGACCGUCGUCGGCUCGGAGCACCCUGCACACGCCGGUAAGCAUGGUCGCAAGGUCAAGGCGUGAACAGCGAGCGCUCGCUCGUCGCGGUAGAGCGUCUUCGGCCGGGACCUUCCCAAAUCCGACGAGUUCUCCUUUUGUCGCCCACCUGCGCCCGUAUAUGAUCCCCUCUUGCAAUCGCAUGUACAUAGAUCGAUCUCG